AUGCCACUGAAAGAGGAGAGUCAAGAACUGAAUGAAAUGGAAGAGAAAGAUCAGAAUGAGAAAUGCCAUGAUUUCAUGACUGGGGGAAAAUCUUUUAGUUACUCACAGGCUCAUGAAACCGAAUCUAGGAACCUUAAAGUCCAGCUGAGUGUUCACACUGGAGAGAGUCCUUUCACCUGUCAACAAUGUGGAAAGAGUUUCACUCGAAAAGACAGCCUUAAAGUCCACUUGAGAAUCCAUGCUGGAGAGAAGCCGUUCACUUGCCCUCAGUGUGGAAAGGGUUUUACACAGAAAAAAAACCUUAAUGCCCAUUUGAAACUUCACACCGGAGAGAAGCCUCACACCUGCAAACAGUGUGGGAAGAGCUUCUCAAUUAAAGGAAGUCUUAAAAUUCACAUGAGAGUACACACCGGAGAGAAGCCGUUCAUCUGCUCUCAGUGUGGGAAGAGUUUCAAACAGAAAAAAGAACUUGAUGCCCACAUGAGAAUUCACACUGGAGAGAAGCCUUACGAAUGCAAACUGUGUGGGAAGAGCUUCACACGAAAAGCUAGUUUUAAGUCUCACAUGACAAUUCACAAGGGAGAGAAGCCUUUUGUUUGUGAUCAGUGUGGAAAGAGUUACAGAUAUAUAGUAGGCUUUAAACAUCACAUGAGGAUUCACUCCGGAGAGAACUGUUUUAGAUGUCGUAAGUGCCCAAUGAGUUUCUCAGACAGGAAUCACCUUAAGAAUCAUGUAAAAAUUCACAUCCUAGAGAAGGCUUACAUGUGCAAUCAGUGUGGAAAGAGUUUUACAAAAAGAGCCAAUCUUGAGAAUAGGAAUCACCUUAAGAAUCAUAGUAUGGCAAUAGAAAAUGUGUAUCUGUUCGAAAUCAAGGCUACUUUCACACCACAGCUGAAUGUGAGCUUCCUCUGA